AUGUCGUCGCAGACGCGCUGUCACGUCAGUCCAUCAGGCUCACAAGUAUCAACCGGAACCAAGCAAGCCUUUAUCCAACAAGGAACCUUCAUGCAGAACAACGUGAUAAGCUUUGAAGACUCGGACACGAUCAUCACUGCGCACAAGAAUUUUACGAGAAGGACAGCUCCUUCAGAGACGUCUUCCGAGGCGAUCGACAGGACAAGAGAUUUGUGA